CUUCUCUAGCACAAUAUGGCUGUUACUAACGAGGUCGGGUUUGAUAUGCUAAGGCGUCUUCGAGUUGCCGAUUAUGUGACUUUGUCGAAUGCUCUCUGCGGAGUCCUUGCCAUCUUCACCUGCACCCACCAAUCUUUCAUCGCAGCCCACGUGCUGAUUUUCUUGGGAUAUGAAUUCGACCGCUUCGAUGGCAUGAUUGCCAGGUGGCGUAACGAAACCUCCGAAAUGGGCAAACAGCUCGACAGUUUCUCUGAUCUCAUUUCAUUCGUCCUGGCCCCAGCAUUCAUGCUCUACAGUCUUGGAUUUCGUACCCCGGUUGACCAGGGCAUCCUCGCUUUCUUUGUCCUCUGCGGUGUUGCUCGACUCGCCAGAUUCAACAUCGCUUCGCAUUUGACACCCAAAGAUGCGCACGGGAAGUCACUCUACCAUGAGGGACUUCCAACGGCAUAUGCGGCACUUCUAAUGUCGACUGCCGUGGCUGUCGCACAGUGGCUGAGCUGGACUGAUGACCUGGCCUCCAAGGUCUCCUUCCCUGGUACGUGGGGCGAGGCUCACACUGCCACUUUCCCGGUGGUUGUUCUCGGAGCUGGCAUGGUUAGCAAGCGUUUCAAGUUGAAGCUCGAUGGGGGGCUCUCUAUUCCCGCUUCGACGGUGGUGAUUUUUGGUGCUUGCUGGCUCGCUUCAUAGCUAGAUCUCGGAGAUUCGCAUGGAAAGGAGCAACACUAGACAGCCGGAUUAUUGGAGAUGGAUGGGAAAGGGUCAUGCGCAAUUUGAUGUAGAGCGGUUGGUUGGUUUCGGCUAGAACGUAUGGAUUUUGCCUGGGUCACGACUAGCUAGUGUUUCAUGCUGCCUGACACCCCCUGCGGUUGUCCGGCGGAAUUACUAUGGACCUACUGACCGGGCCUUAAAAUACUUGAC